AUGCAAUCAAUGAACGUUCAGCCACAUGUUUUACCUAUGGGUGAACAAUUUUUCAAUCAAAACCAGCCAAAUGACCAACCUGGGAUGGGUAUGGGUAUGCCUCAAAUGUUUUCACCUCAGAUGAAUCAAGCAAGAAUGUUGGGACAACAACCCGGAAUGAUGCCAAAUAUGCAGAGCGUUACUAAUAAUCAAGACAUGUCGAAUGCGUACCUUCUAAAACAAAAACUAGACCCAAUGAUGGUUCAACAAGCACAAUUACAAAAUCAACAACAGGCGCAACAAAUGCAACCUCAGCAGGGUUUGCAAAACCAACCUCAGGGACAGCAACAACAACAUUUUAAUGUGGCUACACCGCUGGGCAAUAAUAUGCCACCUGGAUUAAAUGUCUUCCAACAACCAAAUGUGAAUAUUACUCGUCCUCAAAUGGCAAAAUCGAUGCAAACUGGACCAGGAGCAAAUAUAAAUAUGGGACCAAUGCCUCCAAUCAUGUUACCUCCUCCAAACCACUUAUUUGUACGUGAUGUAUGGAAAAAUAAUCUACAUAGCGAGUUUUCAUUGAUUAGGCGACUAGUUGGUCAAUAUAAUUAUGUUUCCGUUAGUUUCGAAUUCACUGGGACAUUAGCAAGGCCAAUAGGUAAUUUCAGAAGUAAAGAAGAUUAUCAUUAUCAAACAAUGAGAGCAAAUGUUGAUUUUUUGAAACCCAUUCAAAUUGGUCUAUCCUUAAGUGAUGCAAAUGGUAAUAAGCCUGAUAACGGUAUAUCCACAUGGCAAUUUAACUGUGAGUUUGAUACAUCUACUGAAAUGCUUUCUGCAGAAUCGAUAGAUUUAUUAAGGAAAUCAGGAAUAAAUUUUGACAAUCAUAAACUAAACGGUAUAGAUGUUUUUGAAUUUGCACAGUUAAUGACGGAUUCAGGGUUAUUAUUAGAUGAAAACGUGACAUGGAUUACGUAUCAUACAGCUUAUGAUCUUGGAUUUUUAGUAAAAAUUUUGAUGAAUGAUACUAUGCCUAAUAACAGACAAGAAUUUGAGUGGUGGAUACAUAAAUUUAUUCCGAAUCUUUAUGAUCUAAACUUGUUGCACAAAUUAAUCAGGGAUUUCAAACAGCCGCAAGCUCAAACACAUCAAUUCAACUUAACUACAUUAGCUGAUGAGGUUGGCCUCCCAAGAUUUCCAAUUUUUACCACUACCGGUGGUCAAAGUCUACUAAUGUUGUUAACGUUCUGUCAACUAUGUAAAAUCUCGAUGAAUAAAUUGCCAAAUGGUACAGAUUUCGCUAAUUACAAAAACGUUAUUUAUGGCAUCGACGAAGAGACGACAAAGACAGAAGGACAUCUAUAA